GUGCAAUUUACCGUUCACCGUUAGUUUUUGUUUUAUAGUUUUUCACAAUUUUUUUUAUUCAGCUAGUUCUUUAAUUUUUUAUUUUAAUUUUUGAUUAUUUUAUAUUUAAAUUAUUUAAACAAAAUGCCAUUUGAAAUAAAUGAUGGGCGAACUCCGCCAGCCCCAGCCAUGAUGCUUACCACCGUUCAAACUCGUUCAACACCUCGUUUAGAACGUAAUUCACCACAUGGCCACAACCGGCAAUUCAAAGAUGUCUCGAAUCUCAAAGUGAAUCAGCGAAGAAGUCGUUCAUUUACCCCUGUUAAAGGUGACUUCUAUUUGCGUUCACCCGAAUUAUCGCCCAUAGAUGCAACAAUAAAUCGUCAGCAUACGCCAGAUGUUUGUCGACCUACUUCACGUGGUGACUCUUCGGUUCUCGAACAAUCGCUAACUCCGGGUGAUUAUAAUGUUCUUGAGAAUUCGCUAACACCCGUUGAAUUUAAAGUUCCUACUCCAAUAGUUAGAACAAAUGAUGGCACAACUCCAACAAGAUCUAUUGAUCAUCAUCAUGUAUUUGGCAGAGAAGGAAUCCAAUUUGAAGAUCCUAAUCAAACUCAAAGUUUAGAUAAAUCGGCUUCACAUGGUUAUUUGAAUCACAAAUUGGAAGUGCGUCUGAUUCUGAAGAACGCCGGCAUGCAACAAUAUAUUAAAGCAUUUGAUAAAGAAAAGUUGAUAAAUGUUUCAGAUGGAUUUUGGAAAAUUCCUUUCUCUCUGUGAAGAGGAUUUGCUGCGAUUGGGCGUGAAACGAAAAAUGGAUCGGAAGGUCAUUUUUAGUAUUAUAAAUGAUUUAAAUGCCAAUUAAUUUGCUUUUUAAAUUUGUGUUUGCUUUUGUUUUUUUGUUAAUAAUUUCUGAUAUUCUGUAUGUAUAAAAAAUAAAUUGUUUUAAUAUUGUA